UAUAUCAUAGACAGCGCACUGCUGACAGUCAGUCAUUUCUGUAGCAACAGAAAGUGCACUCAUUCGGAGUAGUGUGAAUUCAAAAUGCUGAAGAGAAAACCAUCCAAUGUUUCAGAGAAGGAAAAACAUCAAAAGCCUAAGCGCAGCAGCAGUUUUGGGAACUUUGAUCGUUUUCGGAAUAAUUCCACAGCAAAACCAGAUGAUUUGACUGGGGUAUAUGAAGGGGAACCCGUAAAUGAAAGUGGAGAACAAAACAAAACUUCAAAUAAUGGAGGAAGUUUAGGUAAAAAAAUGAGAGCUAUUUCCUGGACAAUGAAGAAGAAAGUGGGCAAAAAAUACAUCAAAGCCCUUUCUGAAGAAAAGGAUGAGGAAGAUGGAGAGGAUACCCUCCCAUACCGGAACAGUGACCCCACACUUGGAACCCACAUUGAGAAGAGCUCCCUCAAAACCAGUGACUCCUUGGACAGCCUCUACAGCGGGCGGAGCUCAUCAAGUGGAAUAACAAGCUGCUCAGAUGGUACAAGUAACCGAGACAGCUUUCGACUCGAUGACGACGGCCCCUACUCUGGACCGUUCUGUGGCCGUGCCCGAGUUCAUACCGAUUUCACACCAAGUCCCUAUGACACUGAUUCCCUCAAAAUCAAGAAAGGAGAUAUCAUAGACAUUAUCUGCAAAACGCCAAUGGGGAUGUGGACAGGAAUGUUGAACAAUAAGGUGGGAAACUUCAAAUUCAUUUAUGUGGAUGUCAUAUCAGAAGAAGAAGCAGCCCCCAAGAAGAUGAAGACACAAAGAAGGAGUGGAAUGGAAAAGCCUGAGACUCUGCAGGAGUUUUUAGAGAGGAUUCACCUUCAGGAAUAUACCUCAACACUUUUGCUCAAUGGUUACGAGACCCUAGAAGAUUUAAAGGAUAUAAAAGAGAGUCAUCUCAUUGAAUUAAACAUUAAAGACCCAGAAGACAGAAUGCGGUUACUAUCAGCUGCUGAAAAUCUCCUUGGUGAAGAAACUAUUCAAGAGCCAGAAAGUGAAUCCAUGCCCCUAUCCUUAAGCCCAGACAUCUUAAAUAAGUCACAGUUAGAUGACUGCCCAAGGGACUCUGGUUGUUACAUCUCAUCAGAAAAUUCAGAUAAUGGUAAAGAAGACCUGGAGUCUGAAAACCUGUCUGACAUGGUACAGAAGAUUACUAUCAGAGAGCCAAGUGACUGAAUAUACAUUAUCAACUCUGUAUCUACAGAUGUGUUCUAUUUUAACUCUUCCUGAGCUAAAAAACCAAAUAGGAGAGGAAGAGAAGUAUUUGCAGAUACUGCCUGAAGUUAAAAUGUUUUAAUGGGAAUGAUUGUAAAUAAAAAUCCAUAUCUCUUAUAUUCCCAGUUGUUGUAAAUAAUAUGUAUAUUUAUUUCUUUAAAUGCUAAAAUGUUAAUAUUUCACUUCUCUGUAUCAGAAGGAUAAUGUAGGUUUGGAGUAUGUUUAUUUAGCUUUAUUUUAUAAGUGCAAAAGUGAUUCUGCAAAAAGACUCCCCCUUUUUUUAUACAUGCCUGUUUUGAAUUUGUAUAUGUUGUUGAGUAAAUAGUAACAGAGUGUGUCUGUUUAAUUGCCCAAGCAGCAUUUAUACUCAUUUUUAUAAUUACUGGGAAAGUGUGAGUUAGUAUUGGAGACAUUUUAUCCUAAUCCACAGUGGAGUUUUAGUAAUUAUUUUUUGCUGAUUUCAUCACUGUUUUCUGUAUGGAAGUAUAGAUAAAAACAUAUUGUCAAUCCUGACUUAGUAAAACUAAUUUUAAUAAUUGUACAGAUUUUUCAUUUUUAAGUGUAAAUAUUUUUAAUUUUGAAAUACCCUAAUUUUAAUAAUAAAAAACUGUAUGCAUUUGGUAAUCUCCA